AUGUACAAUAAUUGGACUUCAUCACCAACCUCUGCACUUCCUUCACUUUUCAAUAUAAGCUCAUCACCAACUGCUAACUCACCUACACUUUCCAAUAAUGUUUCGGAUGAAAUAUUUCACUCUAUUUAUACUGCUAGAGCUGCCAUUUGUGAUCAGGAUUUGGAAACUUUGAAAAGUCUGAAACUUCAUUUGAUCAUCAAUAAUAAUUCGGUACUGGGAGAAACAAUAUUAAUGACAGCUGUCAAAGAAAGCGCACACGAAAUUAUAGAAUUAUUGACACAGGUUCCGAAUAUUGAUUUUAAUGUUGUAUGUAAUUAUUGUUAA